AUGUGGAAACGUUUGGGAUUCGGAGACACUACAGUUACCAAUGAGCCAACUAUAGAUUAUAAUAAAACAUCGUCGUCGUUUCCAAGUACUCCGACUCCGCAUCGCAGCACAAGAAAUCAGAAAUCACGAUUACUGGAUGAUUUAUCAACUCCAUAUCGAGAUCAGCCCGAGUAUGAUAGUGACGAAGAUGAAGAAUUAAAUCGCUAUCGAUUCGAUUACACAAGAAGUCUUGAUUUUGGCAAUUAUGACUUAGAUGAUGAUUUACGACGAGACACCGAAAUGAUUCGAGAGUGGACUAGGGAAAGCAGUUUAAGAAACAAGUACCUGUAUUUAGAGAGAAAGAAACACGAAGACACGCAUUAUUCACUCCCACGACGAUUUCCUGGAAAGUACCAAAUAAGUUCGAAACAUGAUGUGGAGGAACUGAAAAAUAGCAAGGUUGAUCUAGUGCAGCAGAAUCAAAUUGAUUGUGAAAUCAACAAAUUGAAACAGGAACUACAACAAGAACAACAAACUGAAGAUGAUUUGAUGCCGGGGGGCUCGUUAAUACCACAUAUCGCGAACCUCACUACCAAUGUCCAAGGACAAACAGACUACCUCUUUCAUCUCAAGCAACACAUCGAACUAUCAGACGAAAACAAUGUAAACAACAGGAACGACGACUACCAAACCCUCAAGCAAGAAUAUUUAAAAGAGCUUGCCAAAAUGGAGAAACUCUACACCUGUUACUACAACCUUUUAGAAAAGUAUGUGAAUAAAAAGGUAUAA